AUGGCGACCGCCGAGCUCCGCGGACACGCGGGGCGGACUUCCAGCCCCGGUUCCCAGCCGGCCUGUGGCCCGGGCGGCGCGGCGGCGGCGGCGGCUUCCCUCCGGCUCGGGGAGCGCACCUCCGCGGCCGUGGAGAAGCGUGGACCGUACAUGGUGGCGCGCGCGCCUUCCAUUCAGGCCAAGCUGCAGAAGCACCGGGACCUGGCCAAGGCCGUGCUGCGGAGAAAGGGCAUGCUGGCGGCCUUGCCGAGCCGCCCCGACUCUUCAGGGAAAAAAAGGUCAGUGAAAUUUAACAAGGGCUACACUGCUCUUAGCCAGAGUCCAGAUGAAAACCUGGUGUCUCUCGACUCUGACAGUGAUGGGGAGCUGGAAUCCAGACACUCCUCCGGGUACUCCUCCGCAGAGCAGGUGAACCAAGAUGUGAACCGGCAGCUGCUACAGGAUGGCUAUCACUUGGAUGAGAUUCCAGAUGACGAGGACCUGGACCUCAUUCCCCCUAAGCCCAUGGCCUCCUCCACAUGCUCCUGCUGCUGGUGCUGUCUUGGGGACUCUUCCUGUACCCUCCAGUAGACAUAACCCUCUGGGAUGGGCCCAGGACUACAGAGCCUGUGGCCUUUCUUUGUAGCUCAGCACGGUGGGCUGUGCUCCCAGCCCAGAGUCACUGACCCUGUAGACACGUCAGUGACGACAGUAGCCCUCACCUGGUGCUUCUCAGGCCAAUGGCCACCAUCUGGGCCGUAAGGUGAUAGGUGGAAUUCUGCAGUUCUCUGUUACUGGAGUAGUAUGAAAAAGCCACUUCAGUAAGAGCCAGAGUAGCAGAAUCAUGUGGCUCUUAUGAUGGCUGAGAAAGGUGGCUAAGAAUACCAUUUGCAGACAUCUUGACUGGUGUUUGCCAUGGUGUUCUAAGGAAGGGAACGAGAACUGCUGUGCUGGCUGUUGGUGCAGGUGGCAGACGAUGGCACUUUAUAGCUUGCAGCUAGGAAUCUGAAAAAGAAGGGACCUGGGACCAGUUCAAGAAAUUCCUUAUGCUUUUUCUCUUCCCAGCUCUAAAGUAGUUAAUAGGUUUGACCUUCAAGAGAGCACAAAGUGGGUUCCUUUGUCUCCUCAGGUUACAUAUGGGAAUUUAGCAAAUUGCUUAAUGAUCCAAAAGGAUCAUCGCUUUCAGUCUCUUGACCCGGGACAGAUUCAACCAGAAGGAAAACUGCUCCGUCAUGUAUAUAUUUAUUUAUUUGUAGUUCCUUGGUCUUGGCUAGUUUCUCCUCCAUCUUUGAGCUAAGGGUUUAGUUGAAGGUUUGGGGGCUGGUUCCAGAAGCCUGUAGUUUUUGUGAUUACCAGCAGAGGGAACUGCAGGGCAGUCAGUGCCUUCCUAUAUAUAUUUAGCUUUUUAAACUUCCAGGAAGUAGCAACAGGUGAGAGCGGGCGUCUUAGGUAGCUGUGUGGUUCUGGUCUCGGACAGGAUGGGGAGGAGAGACAAACCAGCUCCUAGACCCCUCCUGAGGAGACAGAUCAGGCUGACCUGCAGGGGUCUCCCCUCUAGCAAGGCCCUGUUCUGUGGCUGGACUCCUGCCCUAGCACAGGCCUCAUCCUGGAAGUGUACUCUGGUAGCGUGCUUGCCUAGCAUGUGCAGUGCUCUGGGAUGGAUCCCAUCUCUUGCAAAACAUAAAGGAUUGGGCGUUACAGCAAACCUCUGGGUGAACGGAGCUUCUCCUGACCCCAGACUAACACAAUAGGGUCAGGCCUCACUGGUCCUCUGACUGCCGCUGGGGAAUUUCUCUUGCUCUGUUCUAAGCCUUUUUCUGGAAUUUGGUUUUUCAGUGCCAUUCCUGGACUUUUGAAGCCUAUGGCAAGGCUCGAGUGGGAGUAGACCCAGCCCAAGGAGCAUGUCACAAUGCUCAGGUUAAAAUGUCGUCUCCUGCUUCACCCAACGUGAUUGAAAGAAUGAGAUGUCACAUCAAAAGAUAAGGCCUUGUCAUUUGCCAGACCCCUGUCCUCAUGAAGGCCAUGUUGGCGGUGCUUGACAGGCUGAGAGGAGCACAGGGUCUGGGCUGUGACUUGGUCUGCUAGCCAACAGCAUCAUAGCAGAUGGCAUAGAAACCAGAGCAUGUCAGCUUGCACUCUGGGGACUGAGGUGGUAGAGGCUUUUUUUUUUCCUGCAGCAGGACUCUGCUCUUUGUACAGAGCCUGCAGGGAACAAGGAUAGCUCCCUUAUGAGCCCCUCACCCACCAGAGACCAGGUCCAGAUUUGUGUAGAGGUGAAGAGCACGUGCGAAAGGGAACAGAUGUAGGAUAAUGUGGACUUGACUGUAGGGACUCAGUGAGGGCCAGAGGUGGUUGUAGAAGCCAAGUGUGGAGCCACAUUGCUGGGGGGAGGGGGGGGAGCUGGCUAGGACAGUAGCCUGGGCAGUUGGUAGCUGCUCAGGGAAAGAAGACAGGACCCUGAAACCAUGUCCUGUGGGUAGUCAUUGCUGCAGUUAACUCUGAGGUAUGGGAAGGGAAGUUCCACAGCUGGGGGCCUGCGUAGGAGGGCAUUACCUCAUGGGAAAAGCUGUGGGGAUAUGGGAGACAGGAUGGUGUUCAGUGAGGUAGGGUAGAAAUGGUCAGUUGUUGGGAACCAUACUGAAAUACCAACAAUAAAGGGCACCAAGGUGCCCAGAUCCAAACUGCCUUAAUUCGGAGUGCCGGGUGUUCUGUUGGAGAUGGGAGUCCUGAGGAGGGCUUCCUCAUAGGAGUGGUUCCACCUGGUAUAGACUCUGCCCCACAGACCUCUUGGCUUGUACAUCUACACUGUAAUUUAUAAGAAUAAAUGCAGUCAUGCUGUUGACCUA